AUGGAAUGUGUGUUCCAGAUUUCUGCGUUCGACUGGCGGAACUGUACUUUGAAGCCGAAUGUGUUGGCAGACGCGUUGGGGCUGCCGUUGAAUGUGUAUGGGAAAAUCGGGCGUGUGGCAGUGUCUGUGCCAUUCAACAUUUUCACGGCGGGUGCGCCGAUUGAGGUGACGGUGCGGAACGGCUGGUUCUUGUUGACGUUGCCACGGAGUGCUGCGUGGGACGCAGGUGCCGUGGCCCGACGGGAAUCGGCGAGACGGCGCAAUGUUCUGGAACGGAUUGAGGCACGUUUCUUGAGUCACGCGGCGGACGGCGGCGCCGCACUUGAUCUCGAGAGCCUGCUCACCGGGGUCGCAGCCGUUCAACCCGGUAAUGCCACCGCACCCGGAGGAGGCGUCGGUAGCGCCAUCGUGAACCGACUCACUGCGCUCAUCGUCGGCAAAUUGCGUCUCGAUGUCCGUAAUGUCCACGUACGCUUCGAAAGUCAACCUGCCGACCUCGUAACCGCCGGCGGUGCUAAUGGCCGGCGUGAUAGUGGGUUGCCGCGUGCAUUACGACCAUUCAGUGUGGGGUUGGUCGUGCCAUCAUUGACCUACGGUGCAGCCCGCGGUCUAGACGCGCGCUCUGGGCGCGAAUUGGAUCUUGUCGGCAGCGUCUACUUCCGAAGCGACGAGACUCUGCUCUACAGCGAAGACGGCGACCACCCAGUCAGCCCAUUCGAUCCCGUUUGGUGGCAACAAAACAGCUUCGCCGCACCAGGCGUCGUCGACACUGAAGUCCACGCAGAUGUGCGCUGGUUCAAAUCCGACCCCGCCCAAUCCGACUUCCUUCACCAACCCGGCGUCGCCCUCGGCCCCCUCGGUCGCACCCCUCUCGGUCCCGCCCCUCUCGGCCCCACCCCUCUCGGCCCCACCCCUCUCGGCCCCACCCCUCUCGGCCCUACCCCUCUCGGCCGCACGGGCACUCUCGUCCGCGGUAGCACCCUCGGUCGCGGCAGCACCGUCCCAGAUGUCGCGGCCAAUGCUCGUGCUGAAGACGCCAAAGAGUCGAUCCGAAACGCGACUCAACACAUCUUACCACCCAACAAAUAUCGGUUUUCAGUGCGUCAAAGCGACGAGAGUGUGGACAGCCAAAUUUCUGUCCAGUUAAGUGUGACGACUUUUGUCCUAAAUGUACCUCGAGAGCUGUUGUGUAAAGCGGGAUUGUUUGCGAACUACUUUGAGGGUUACGAUUGCUUCGCGCGGCAGCCGGCUUCGUUGGUGGCGUUGAUGCGUGCCUCUUGUGGUUGUCCGAGUCGGCGUCCGACUCGUGAGUCUGGCGGUGGGUCGAACGUGCGUGCAUGGUGGUGGUACGCGGUGCGCUGCAUCCGUUACAAUCGCGAAGCACGCAACAUUAAGCGCUACAUUUGGACCAGCAAAUUUGCGCGACAUUUGUUGCACACCCGUGCGGAGUACUUGAAGCUGCUCCAAAUCGUCAAAUACACGCACAAGCACCAAGUCCUUAAACAGAUAAACCAGCAGAUCCGCACACUGCUCGAGAACAUCGAAGGAGAUUUAACUGUCCCCCUCGAACUACUCGUCAUGUGGAAGCUAGAUGGACUCAGCAACAACAACCGUUAUGACCUCUCCCUCAGUCCUGGCACUGCCGGUAAUAGUACUGCUCCGCUCCAGAAUAGUGGCGAACGAGUGGUCCUCAUGCUCAUCAAGAGCUUGGGACAACUCAAUGACGCUUCUACGCUGAUGGAACUGCUCGACAGCGUGUUCAAACGCCAGGAACGACACAUCACCUCGCUCGACGACCUUAAUCGCGACGACGACAACCCGCACACCCGUGGAGAGGAAGGCGCCACACUAGAGUGGAUCACCCGCAAGACCGGCGACGAAUAUGACGUACAGGUAGUUGAAAGCCACUUCGCACGCUUCUCACGAUGGGCCACGGAUGCGGUUAACAAAACCGUCGACACGCUCCGCAAAAAAUUCGAACAACGUCUGGAAGGCAGACAUCACCUCGACAACACCACCAGACCGAUCCACCCUGACCCCAGAGCGGCGGCGCUCGUCUACCCUGACCCUAGAGCGGCGACGCUAGUCUAUCCCGACGGGACCCGACCACCUGGCGCCGAGCAGGCCCGACCGCUUUGUUCCGACGGCGCCCGUGUCCUCGCGGACUUCCAGACGCCCGACAGACCCCGACCACCGGGCGCCAGCUCCGGCUCUGGCCACCUCCGCCAAAUCAAUGGUGCCAGCGACUCGCCACCUCUUUUGAGUGUUGGGCCACGCUUGCCUGCCGCUGCGGGGUCGGCUGUUGCGGGAUCGGCCGUGGCGGGAUCGUCCGUUGCGGGGCCGGCCGUCCGGUCGCAAGGCAGCGACCACGAGCCCGUCAGCAAGAGGGCGGCGGUGGAGGAGCCCGGCGGUGAAGCGGCGGCGAGUUCGGUGGCAGCAUUGGAGGAGGCGGACUGGUUCAGGUCGGUGGCGCCCGAGGCGUUGGCGCUGAUGGUGCAGUGUCAGUACCGUGUGUACGUGGUGUUGUCUGUGGAGGAGUGUGUGGUGAAUUUGGGAGUGUGUACUCCGGAACGGUUUGCGCCUCGACACGAACGAUGGUCGAACGAGCCGUUGCCUGCGCGUGUUUGGAGCCGGCGUUUGGCGCGUGUGCGGAUUUCGGCCAUAGCGCUGGAGUUGGGUGUGACGGAGGUCGAGGAGGAAACGGCGUUGGUGAGUGGGUUGACGGUGGGUGCGUUGGAACUGUUUGGAUACACGCCUUUGCAGGACGAGGUGUCUCUGGUGCGGGUGAGUGCGCGUCCGGGCGGACUCGCGGUCGUCUUGGCCGGCGCCGCGGGACUGAGCGGUACAGUCGAAGAAGUCACGGUCGUGGUCGACGGCUGUGCGCUGCACACCGCGGCACAACUGCUCGCCGUGCUAUCCGAGUCUGAAGACACCUGGAACGAAUUUCUCAGCUCCAGCGUCUGCCCCUCCGACGACUUCCCCGUCCCUGUCUUCGACGCACUACCGCGCGUCGCUGACGGACGACUCUGGCGCGCAGACGACUCACCCACCGCCACCAAGGCCCUUUACCAGUGGUGCAAAACGCUGCAUAACCAAUACGGCAUCCCCCUCUCCAUCUUCCACCCACACCUAGACCACUCGGACGCACCCUACGCGCCCUUACCAGACCUACUCACCGAACAGGAGGUCAAUCAAAAAAAUACGCUUAACCUCCUCAACGUCGCCCUGAGGGUCAAAUUAGAUAACCUCAGCGGAGACAAGCUCGCACCCAACGUACACCCCAACGUGCCCGGCGGGGAACCCCAACGCCUGCACUCUGUCAUCUCAUCUCCUGCGUAUACAAGCGAGGAGUCGGACCCGAUCUCGUUCACAGACGAGGACGUGUUCAUUCACGCAAACGCGUCGAACGAGCUGGAGGGCGCGGUGGAGGUGCAGACGGAUUUGGUGGUGAGUUUGGCAAACGUGCGCCUCACGAAAGUGCAGAGGGGCUUCAGUGACGACGAGGUGCGACUCACAAUCGAGGAAGUCGCAGUGGACAUGGUGACUAGUGAGGAGCAGCCGCCUGCGCCGCGGCUGAGUCCGACUUCUGAGUCGCCACCGGGGGGCGAGCGGAGUCCGCCGGGCAAUGCGGAGGUAGUGGUGCGGUUUGCGGAGUUGAAGGGCGUGGCGCUGGAAUUGUUGACGAGUCCUAAGGGGCACUUGUGUGCGGACCCGAACGUGUUGGUGAACCGGAGCGUGAACCUGACGCUGGAGGCUUGUCGCGUUUUCGUGGACUGCACGAGCAGUCUGGAAAAAACCUCCGCGGUGCAGAUUCUUCUCACCACGGUCUUUGAACAACUCGCCUGGUUGCGUCUCAAGGCUUCACUCUCCGGCGUACUUCUGGCCAUGUCCCACCUCCCCGACGUCCUCGUCAUUGACGACUCGAUGCCACCCUCGCCCUUGCACGGUCCUGAUCUGGCAUCCGCAAACCGGCCUCUCGGCACCCAUGACCAAACCCAGAACGCAGCUGCGCCUGUUCUGGAGACAGACUCACCCCACAAUCUCAGCAUCUCUCGCGCCUCCAGCACCGGCCUACAACGCACCAUCAAGGGGCUGCGUGAGGCUCUCGCCCGCGUUCUGGUCUCACCAAAACACGAUCCUCUGCAUCAUGGCCAUCCCCCCGAAGAUCCUGACCAUUCGGGUGCAGGGGAUCGCGAGCCGACUGCGUCGGGGGUCGGGUCUUCUGCGAAUACGACGCAGAGGCUGUUAGGCCUGGAACUGGCCGGCGGUGCCCCGAAGCAGGUCACGAUCAGCGAGCAGGUCGAACCUACGUACGUGCGUCCGUCCUCGCCGAGUGCGCGGCGACGAGCGAGCGGGCCUCCGGCGCAGCUGGAGGGUUCGCUGCCGCUUUACCAGGAGUUCUUUACGCACCGGCCGGGCCGGAGUCGGCUGUAUCGCGGCUCGAGUGACCUGACGCCGGGCGGCCGCAGUCCGAGUCGCAGCCCGAGUCGCAGUCCGAGUCGUGCGGCCCACGGGAAUGCGGUGGGUGCGCCCGGGCCUUUGGCGGUGCCUGGUUCGCCGUUGGCUGUGCCCGCGUCCCCCUUGGCCGUGCCUGGUUCGCCGGUAACGGAUUCUGCGACACACAGUCCGGGCACAGGGGCGAGUCUGGUGCCGAUUUCGGUGCCAUGUCCGUCAGUGUUGAGUCCGGCUCCGCCGUGGUCGAACGUGACAUCGAGUCUGGCUAGUUACGUCCCGGGAUUGGUGAGCAAGGAGAAAAGCGCGGAGGAGCGCGAGCAGGUCGAGUUGGGCGAGCUCUUGGCCGUAAACCGGCUGCUGGGCGCACUGCUCCCCUGCGCACUGGAGUGUUUGUGGAAGGGCUUCGCAGAAGUAGACGAGCUCUGGUGCUUCACCUGCGUCUGGCGGCCCGCCACGGGCCUAAGGACGAGCGCAGCGUCGGGUGGAGGAGGCGCCGUACCGAUUUUGAGCCUGAGUCACUCCGUUUCAAGUUACGUGCCUGCCUUCGCCGACCGCAUUGCACAAGUGCAUCGACACGGCGACGUGGUCACAGUCGAGACGCGGCGCGGCAGCCAGAUAGUGCUGCGAGGACUAAACGAACGCUGUUCCGAGUUCGUACACUGCAUCAAGGAACUCGUGCUCUACCGGCGCAAACGCUCCAGCUCUAUUACCAAACUUCACCUUGCGACCGACGACCGAUUGCAGGAACUCGAGUCGCUCGAACGCGCUAGCGGCGACCGCCAAAGUGGCGAGUCCGAACCCGGCCGCGGCAGUCCCGGUCUCUACCCCGUGCCGCACCCGCUGCUCGCGAUGCCCUCAGGGGCGCCGCUCUCCUCGCUCGCCUACUCCAACCGUACCUCCAACGGCACGGCACGCUACACCGCCGGUAGCGCCAGCCCCCGCCGCGGUCUGGGCUACCCCAGUGGCUACGGGAGUCCGGGGCGCGCGGCGGGUUACAGGAGUCCCGGGCGCAUGAGUGGCAGCGUGGGACGCACGAGUGGCAGCGUAGGACGCACAAGUGGCAGCGUGGGACGCACAAGUGGCGUGAGCCGGCAGAAGUUGGGAUACUCGGGCGACCCGUUGUUGCGGGAGGUCAUGAAGCCGUUGGAGAACACGCAGUUGACGUGCAACGUGAACUUGGUGAGUUUGCGCGUGCUCGGAAGCGGUGCACCGUUGGCGAUACGUCUGUCAAAGUUGGGCGUGGUGUGUUACUCGGGCACGCUGCGUGCAUUCGUGGCGCGCGACGCAGCCGUGGGCGACGUCUUGCUGCGGGACCUGCAAGUCAGCUGCGGCACACAGGAGGUACUGCGUCGGGCGCAGCCGCUCGCCAAGGCCGGUCUAAGACCAGGUCCGAAACCGGGCCAGCCACUGACGACUACGGAAGUCUACUCCGUGCUCUCCGCUACCCAGAACCAGUACCUCGGGAACGCCUUCCUCAUCGGCCACGCAGACCUCGGCGACCGCCUCGCCACGCUCACCCUCUACCCACUCGCCCUCUCCCUCGCCCCCUCCACCGUCGACGCCGCCGCUGCCACACUCCUCGGCCUCCGCAACCAAGUGAAAGCGGCCGCACAGUCCGCGCAACUCGCCACAAAAGAUAUCCUCUGGGCCCUAGACACCGCCGACGACGAAUACGACCCCAGGGAGUCUGACCCCCGCAGCUCCGACCACCGAAUCUCUGAUCCCCAGGUGUCUGAACCCGUCCGCAGGUCUUCUGAACCCAGGCUGUCUGACUCCAGGAUGUCUGAUCCUGACGCCGAACCGCCCGACUCCAGAACGUCUGACCCCAGACGAUCUGACUCCAGGAUGGCUGACUGCGGGAUGUCCCCCGGCCGGGGUCCAGCGUUGUUACCGAUGCGCGCGCGCACGAGCGACUGGGCCCCUGUGCGGCGUUGGUCCCUCGGACGCCGCCGUUCCGCGAGCCGUCGCCCGGUCGGUUCGCGAUCCGGCGAAGACCACUCCGAUGACGGCCACCACUUCAACCCGGAUCGUCCGGGACGGAGCCGUUCGGCGCUCCCGCCGAGACUGCCUUCGCGUCCCGGUGAAGCUGCGACCGGCCUUGGCCUAGGCCACGCCACCUCUUCCUCCUCUUCCUCUUUCCCGCUCGAAUCCCUCAGUCCGCGGCUGCCCGCGAGUCCAUCGCAACGUCCACCCGGCCCCGUUGCGGCGACUGGAGCAGCCCAGGCGGCAGCGACGGGCCGGACGCCUGGCUUCAACGCUGCGUCGGCGUCGCCUUGUGGUGCACAAGUGCGUAGCAGUGCGCGGAGUUUGGUGAACGAGUCGGUGGACCUAACGGCGCCUAGUUACCUGCGGCAGUUCAGCAGUGCGGCGCAUGGUGCGACAGCUGAGGCGCCGGCGGCGCCUUCUGCGUGGGUUGCGUUUCUUGGCGAAUUGCGCACGCGCGUGGCGGUGCCGUUUGUGCACGUGCGUUUGUUGCAGGCGCGCACGGAAGUGUGUGUGUUGGACGGUUUCGUGAGUGGUGUGCAGUUGGCCCUCUUUCACCAACAGGCGGCGAGUCUGACGGUGAGUGGUUUACGUCUGAUGGGCGCCAGCGGCUUCGUGCUCCUGGCAGCGCCCUGGACCGCGCAGCCGAACGCGUUCUGGCGCGUGCCCAAGGCUAACUACGCUGCUGCGCGCAAAAUGGCCGAAGCCAGCAAGGUCCACUUCGGCCACCUCGGCUUCGACGCCGAAGUCUGCGGCGCACCUGCGGCCGCCACGCCUCGUCUCGUCCUCGACUGGCUCGCGGGAGCUGACGCGAACCGACCGAAAGUGGACAUCUUCCUACACACAAAAAUAUGUUGGCCCUCCGACCCAGCUGCCAAAAGCGGCAGUUGCCGGCCCGGCCGUCCUGGCAGCCGUCUCAGCAGCCGCCUCAGCAGCCGUCUCGGUCGCACCAGCAGCACCGACGAGCCGCCCGGCUUCGGACCCCGCAACGCUAAUGCCGGGUCCUGUCACAAGGCUAGCGUCGUGGCGGGUCUCCAGGACGUUGAUGGCCCCAAUUGCGGGCCCCAGGGCGAUCCGCGUGAUUCAAGCUCUAGUUUGCGUGGUGUGCAUCUUUGCACGGCACCGGCGUUGCUCAACUACCGACAUGAGGAACUGAUGCUAGUGGCCGACUGGGUGCGCGAUAUCGCGACUGUGCUCGCGGCCGCAGAGAAGCCCAGCCCCGGCGCGGCAACCAGCGCCAAUGCCAGCGUCGCUCCCAAUGCCGGCGCACUCGUUUGCGACCUCCGAGUCCGUCUUCCGACCAUUGCACUGCCCAGCCCCCGCAUGCUCGCCGCCACCCCGCCGCACUGGGAGCUCGGAACUUUCUUGUGCAACACUUCCUUCGAAGACGCACACGCCGAGAAGUACAGAUAUACCUGCUCCUACCUUUCCGGCCCGGUCGCGUCCAACCCGGGUACUGGCACAAGUCCAAGUGCUGGGUCAGCAGGUACUGACUCCGGUCCCGCCACCUCCGGCAAGGGCGGCAGCGCUGAGUCGAGUCCCCCCACGGUGCCUCGCGUUGCGCGAUUCCUUGAACAGCGCUCCUCGCUGCUAUCCUCCGCCUCAACGUCCGAGCUCCUGCCCCGACCAGAGGGCGGUCGACCAGAGGGCGGUCGGCCAGACGGCAGCGUUCAGGCCGGUUCGCGCUGGGUCCGUCGAGUGCCAAGCGAAGACGGGAGCGAGGACGCGGGCGACCCCGAGGGCGCGGAGGGUGCGAUCGCGAUGGCGGGCGUGGUAGUGUUGGACGCGCACAAGUUGAAGGCGUCCCUGCGUUGGACAUUGCCGGCGAUCGAGGUGGGAACGUCCGUUUUGGACACGCUGGAUUCGAACCUGCGAGCCUGCGUCGUCGGAGUCAAGCGAGAACCGCCUUACGUUCCCGUGCUCACCAAACCUCUCCUCGUAGAAGAUCUAGACCCCGCCGAAUCCGCCACCGCCAGCCACAACCCAGACUACCUCCAGGGCACCGCCCCGCUCCUCGAACUCCUUUAUGCCGAAUUACAAAGUCCCUGGAUCGUACUCGAACGCCAACAACGCGUAGGCUCCGUAGAAGUGGACAUGCGCAUCAAUAAUCUGCACAUCACCCGUAAACCAUCCCCCUCCUUCGGCGUCCAGUAG